CAAAGGGGGUGCAUUGAGGCUCAGCAUGCCCUUAACAUGGGGACUGUGAGGCCGGAAGACUGCCCCCAAACAGAAUCAACAAACAUGACUAUCAAACAAGUGGAGACUAUUGAACCAGUGCAUGAUGGGUUUAUUGUCAUAUAUUUCCACCUGUAGCUGUUGAUGUGGAGGUUGGAGAUACGGCCACUUUUGCACUCUUGAUUAUCACUCUUCUGCAUCUCACAAUGGAGGAAAUCUAUGUCAGGCAUGUGGAGUUGCUGGGCUUUGAGAAACGCUUCUUCCCCAGCCAGCACUAUGUCUACAUGCUGAUGGUGAAAUGGAAUGACCUGUCUGAGAAGUUGAUCUAUAGAGGGUAUCCGGAGAUCUACACCUUUCACAAAUCCCUGAAGGAGAUGUUCCCCAUUGAGGCGGGUGACAUCAAUAAGAAAGACCGGAUCAUCCCUGCACUACCAGCGCCAAAGUGGUUGGACAACCAAAAGAGCACAGAGACCAGGCAGAGCACUCUGGCUGAAUAUUGCAGUUCUGUCAUCAACCUGCCCCCCAAGAUCUCCCGCAGCCAGCUGGUACGCAGCCUCUUCAAGGUCCGACCGGAGGACGAGAACCCACCCGCUCAACACCCUUUAAAAAGAAAUGAGACCUUUGUGGUGUCCAAUGACAAGACGAGAGACAACACUUCUGAGAUCUCUGGCCCCAUCAUAUUGGAAAGCUACAGGGUGAUUGCUGACUACAGCCACACCUCCAAGUAUGAGAUCACCCUGCAUAUUGGAGACUUGGUGGAGAUUGUGGAGAAAAGCCCAAAUGGUUGGUGGUUCUGCCAGUGUGAUACCAAGCGGGGCUGGGUGCCCGCCUCUUACCUAGAGCCCCUGGAUGGACCAGAGGAGUCGGAAGAAGCCGAUCCCAACUACGCAGGAGAACUCUACAUAACCACCAAAGCCUACAAGGCAGCACAAGAUGAUGAGCUGACUCUUGAGACGGGGGAAACUAUUGAGGUCAUUCACAAGCUCCUGGAUGGAUGGUGGGUGGUCAGGAAAGGAGAGGAGACGGGACACUUCCCCUCAAUGUUUCUCUACAGAACUGGAGAGAAGAAGGACAUGGUGUCAGAAGAGCUUGUGAUGAGAAGACAGACACCCCCACCCAGACGUUCAACAAUCCGCAAUGCACAAAGUAUUCACAGCAAAGGGCGCCAGCGCAUCAGCCAGGACACAUACCGCAGGAACAGUCGCCGCUUCCUGCAGCAGAAGGGUGGCCGGCCCAAUCAGCCCAGGAAGACGUCCAAGGCCUCCACACAGUCCCCGCUGCAGGACUGGAAUAACAGAGACAACAUGCCAAAGACAGCGGGCUCUAGUCCAGGGGGUGAGCUGAAAGGGGCUCCCAUCAUCCCCCCUCGGCCCAGUCCUGAACUCAUCAUGGAGCGCUGUACAGAGAACACCCGCAAGAAAGUCAGUGUCCGCAAAUCGAGCUAAGCUUUAAACUGUGUGGAUCUGGACUCCUGUCAGCAAUGCAAUCAGAGAUGGGUUAAUGUGCGCAUUACAAGCUAAACAGCCGAUAAAGCCAACCAUGUGUGCCAUAGAGGGCAUUUUACAUUUUGUUCUAAAUGUUACCACUUAGUACUAGCUAACUGCUUAUGGAGAAAGUAAAACAAUCGUGAAAAGUGAAUGUAUGUACAAAAGCAAAGGUGUAUUUGUUUUUCUAGGGUCAUUUUUCUUAUUGUUACUUUUACGUAUGCAAUGUUUUUAAUGUUUUUUGAUAGUGUGUGGUUGUUAAAUGUGUUUGACGCAGUAUGCGGUUUUUGGAACAUAAGAUUAGUUAUUUAUUUGUUGAAUGUAGCCAUUUGUAACCUACAAAAUAAAUAAUAUAUUCAGAAAAUG